CAGCCUUGCUAUUUAAACCUACUAUUGGAGUUCAAUGGCUGCCAGAUGAUGUAAAGUUCAGUAGAACUUUUUCUCCGCUACUAAUUGAGGACAUCCCUUCUACUACAUCCUCAACAGCCAACAUAAAGAACUCCAGAUCUUCAGAGUUCUACUCCAACCUCGACAUUAAGAACUCCAGAUGUUCAGAGUUCUACUACAACCUCAACAGUCAACAUAGAGUACUCUAGAUCUCUAGAGUUUUACUCCAACCUCAACAUAAGGAACUCCAGUCCUCCAAAGUUCUACUCCAAUUCAACAUAAAGAACUCCAGACCUCCAGAGUUCUGCUCCAACCUUAACAAAAAGAACUCUAGAUCUCCAGAGUUUCACUCCAACCACAACAUAAAGAACUUCAGAUCUCUAGAGUUUCAAUCCAACCACAACAUAAAGAACUCCAGAUCUCCCAUGUUCUACUCCAACCUCAACAUACAGAACUCCAGAUCUCUUGAGUUCUACUCCAACCUCAACAUACGGAACUUCAGACCUCCAGAGUUCUACUCCAACCUCAACAUACAGAACUCCAGAUCUCUUGAGUUCUACUCCAACCUCAACAUACAGAACUCCAGACCUCCUGAGUUCUACUUCAACCUCAACAUACAGAACUCCAGAUCUCCACAGUUCUACUCCAACGUCAACAUACAGAACCCCAGACCUCCUGAGUUCUACUCCAACCUCAACACACAGAAUUCCAGAUCUCCAGAGUUCUACUCCAACGUCAAAAUACAGAACUUCAGAUCUCUUGAGUUCUACUCCAACCUCAACAUACAGAACUCCAGACCUCCAGAGUUCUACUCCAAUGUCAAAAUACAGAACUCCAGAGCUCCAGAGUUCUGCUCCAACCUCUACAUAAAGAACUCCAGACCUUAAGAGUUUGACUCCAACCUCUACAUAAAGAACUCCAGAUCUUCAGAGUUCUGCUACAACCUCAACAUUUAGAAAUCCAGAUCUUCAGAGUUCAACUCCAACGUCAAACUCCUUAUCUCUUGAGUUCUACUCCAUCCUCAACAUACAGAACUCCAUACCUCCAGAGUUCUACUCCAACCUCAACACACAGAACUCCAGAUCUUCAUGAGUUCUUCUCCAACCUCUACAAAAAGAACUCUAGACCUUUAGAGUUCUACUCCAACAUAAAGAAGACAUUUUAGACUAGACUGGGAUUAGCUCUUCAGAUAAAGGAGUAGUGUUUGAAACCAUGCAAGAGUUCAAAUUAAAAGAAUAUUAGCUUGACUUUGCUGUGGUUCAGAAUUUGAUUUUAUUUUGAUAGAUUCGCUUUACUUUACAUUCCAUACAAUUUAAUGUUUUAUUUUAUUG